AUGGCACAAGAAAAUGAUACCCACAUCCAUGAGUUCAUCCUCCUGGGAUUCCCCACCACCAGAGAGCUGCAGGCUGUGCUGUUUGUCAUUUUCCUGGCCGUGUAUUUGCUGACUGUCACCGAGAACAUGGUCAUCAUCACUUUGAUCAUCACCCACCCCCAGCUCCACAAGCCCAUGUACUUUUUCCUGGGCCACCUCGCUUUCCUUGAGGCCUGCUACAUCUCAGUCACCGUUCCCAAGCUGCUGCUCACCUUGGUGGUGAAGAACAAGAACAUCUCCCUCGCGAGCUGCAUGGCCCAGCUGUACUUUUUCAUCGCCCUGGUGUGCACUGAGUGUGUCCUGCUGGCUGCCAUGGCCUACGACCGCUACGUGGCCAUCUGCGCCCCGCUGCACUACGCCCUCGCCAUGGGCCACAGGGCCUGCCUGCAGCUGGCCACGGCCUGCUGGCUGCUUGGCUUCCUCAUAGCUGUUCUCAAGAUCUCCUUCAUUUCCCAGCUCUCCUUCUGUGGGCCCGGGGUCAUCAACCACUUCUUCUGUGACAUCAGCCCGCUGCUCAACCUCUCGUGCACCCAGCGGCGCCUUGCUGAGAUGGUGGAUUUCAUCUCGGCCUUGUUUACUUUGUUGAUCCCCUUCUCUGUCAUCAUCAUUUCUUACACCUGCAUAAUCAGAACUGUUUUGCUCAUCCCCAAGGCUCAGAACAGGAAGAAAGCCUUCUCCACCUGUGCUUCUCACCUGGCUGUGGUCAUCAUUUUCUUCUCAGCAACUCUCUUCAUGUACGCUCGGCCCAGGAGUGCAGACUCCAGGGAUCUCAACAAGCUGGUUUCCAUCAUUUACACCAUUGUCACCCCAAUGCUAAACCCAUGCAUUUACUGCCUGAGGAACCAGGAGGUUAAAGACACUUUGCUGAAGGUUUUGUGUAGCAGGACAGCUCUCUCCAGAGUUUCUGCCUCUGACCACUAA